AUGUUACCACAGACUCUUUGUCCUACAGAGUCAUUCUCGUCCCUUGUCGCCGACGCAUCCCUGUUUUCGGCUAAUUACACCAUGACGCUCAAAGUCCCAACGUGCUCCUCGUACUCGGUCCAAUCAGUGGCUCUCCCACGUGCGGUGCCUGGUAGCACCCGCCGCGACAGCAUGUUUGGCGUUGAAGAUGAUGCUAGUGCAGACACUGAGGUCUUCGAAAGCAAAUCUGACGAGUUCAGCGACUCUUACAUUGCCAGUCUGCCAAGCUGGGAGGACGGCAUUUUUGAGAUGGAUUCUGAAGUCCCCCAGAAAUUCGAGUUGUCGUCGUCGGUGAUUUUGCCCAAGAUUGAUAUCAGAAAGUCCGUCCUGUCAUAUCGCCAGGUCACUCGUCCGGAACCAUGGGCGGUUCGCCCGAUGAACUACUACAACUUGGACAAGGCUCAAAUCAGGGCCAUUGACGACGAUGACAACGAGUUCUACCUCAUUUAA